AUGUCGAAUGAAUUUGAAAUUGACGUUUUUGCCGAAAACUUUCUUGGCACCAUCGUUGGCAACAUCCUCGUCUGCAUUGCUGUGUGUCUAGUCCGCAAACUGCGCAAACCAUCCAACUACCUCCUGGUGUCACUGGCAGUGUCGGACCUUUGCGUUGCUGUGCUCGUCAUGCCCAUGGCGGCUGUGUAUGAACUCAGUGGCGCCUGGCCCCUGGGGCGCAUCCUGUGCGACAUGUGGGUCGCCCUGGACGUGCUCGCGUGUGCGGCGUCCAUUCUGAACUUGUGCAUGAUCAGCGUGGAUCGGUAUUUUGCCAUCACGAAGCCGUUGGAGUACGGGGUGAAACGGACGCCCAAAAGGAUGCUUGUUUACAUUGCGGUGGUGUGGCUCGGGGCGGCCGCCAUUUCCAUUCCGCCGCCGGUCAUCUUGGGGAAUGAGCACGGUACUGCGGAGAGGAACGAAUGCGUGGUGUGCCAAAACUUUUGGUAUCAGAUUCUGGCAACCUUGGGGUCUUUCUACAUCCCACUGAUCGUGAUGAUGGUGGUUUACUCUCGGAUAUUCAAAGCGGCCAAACGCAUCACCAACGAAGAAAAGCGAUCGCAAAUUUACAUGAAGGACCGGAAAUCCUUGGCGGACUCGUCCGCUCACCCGCUCCAUCAUCAGCAUCAGCAGCAACUCAUCACACCGGCAAGGAACGGCUCUGUGAGACGCGCCUCGCUCUGUGUCGUUCAUUCGGACUCCGAGGAAGAAUCCCGGCGUUGUUCCGACAGCAGCGGGAAAUUGUUCGGCGUCGGAACGAAGACCUUCAUGCCUGUCUUGCAUUCUGGCGGAUCUGCUGGGGCCACGAACAAAGUGAAGCUGUUUCUGAGUUCCGAGCGGAAGGCCUCGGCGACACUGGGCAUCAUCAUGAGCGCCUUCGUCAUCUGCUGGCUUCCGUUUUUCGUGCUGGCCGUCGUGCGUCCGUUCGCACCGGAAGACGCCAUUCCACACGCACUCACCAGCUUCUUCCUCUGGCUGGGCUAUGCCAACUCCUUCCUCAACCCGGUCAUCUAUGCCACGCUCAACAAGGACUUCCGGACUCCGUUCCGGGAGAUCCUUUGUUUCCGCUGUCGCUCUCUGCAGUGCCACAAAAAUCUGCAAAAAAAGUCUGACUUAGCCGCAGAAGGGUUAACAGCCGCCUUCACAGCUGCCAUUUGGCUGCAAAGGCGGCUGUUGAUGAGCCACCAUUCGGCUGUGAAGGUGGUUGUCAAUGAAAAUGACGGAAUUGCCAUGGAAGAGGAAGACCUGGAGGCAAUCCUUGGAAUUACUCCGGCUGUUGAUGAGCCGGCAUUUGGCUGUGAGGGCGGCUGUCAAUGA